AUGGGCGUGACCAAGCUCUUCGAGAUUCAGUCGCGUGCUUUCGACCCCAUCCUCCGGGGCCGAAGCUUCGUGGGACGCUCCAAGACUGGGACUGGCAAGACGGUGGCAUAUUUGCUGCCGCUUCUGGAACGGAUGCGCCAUGAGAAGAUGACGCUGCCUCACUCCUUGGUUAUCUUGGUGCCCACGCGUGAGCUGUGCAAGCAGGUCGGCGCUGCUCUGCUCUCGCUGUCUGUGCAGGUUGACGUUGCAUUGGUUUACGGCGGCGAGACCUUGCACUCACAGGAGCAGCUGGUCCGUUUGGGGGCCGUGGCCGUUGUUGCAACGCCCGGUCGAUGCGCGCGACUGAUUGAGCGAGGUGCACUGCAGACCGAGAAUGUUCGGGCGAUGGUGAUUGAUGAGGCAGACGCAAUGUUUGGUCCCGAGUUCGUGGGUCGAGUGGAGCGUGUGCUGACGGCUGUGGCCAAGCCCGGGCUGCAACAUGUACUGUUUUCUGCCUCGUUGCCGGACGACGUUUCUACGCUCAUUCGACAGCACUUCCCUGACCACGAGCUUGUAGAUCUUGUGGAUCGUCGCGGGCCAAAGGGCGAUGCCGUUGUGACUGCCGUCGACCAUCGUCUGUGCAAAGUCCCAGACAAGAGGCCGACAGCCCGCGCGAGAGUUCUGAUGCACCUGCUCAAUGAAAAGAUGGACAUGUUGGGUGGUCGCUGCAUUGUCUUCGUAGACACAGCCUCCGAGGCUUCCUCGCUGUUGGCACAUCCGGCCCUGGAACGCCGUGCUCGGAGCCUUCACGGAAGCUCCUCAGCUGAGGAGCGGGACUCUGUCCUGACUGCCUUCGCCAACAAAGAGUUCGAUGUCCUUGUCGCAACAGAUGUCAUCGCUCGCGGGGUGGACUUCGCGGACGUCAAUCUUGUGAUGCAGCUUCAUCCGCCAAAGGAUGCCGCGCAGUAUGUGCCCAGAUCUGGACGCACUGGCCGCGCUGGCCGCGGUGGAACAUGCAUCACCUUGUACGAUUCCGCAGAGCGCAAGUACAUCCAGCGCGUCAGGCAAGUCACCAAGCACGAGUUCUCCAUGAUCGCGCCCCCUGGUCCCUUGGAUGUCCACCACGCGGCAGUGAGCCGCCUCUUGGAGCAGCUGUUCAGCAUUCAGCCAGAAGAGUACGAUACGCUCCUGAAGGAUGCCGAGGCCCUGAUCGAGGAGAACGGGCCCGCAGUUCUGGCUACGGCCAUGGCCGUUCUGGAUAGCCGCCAUGCGGACUUGCAGCAGGCCUUGCGUGAACGCCCCUCGAUCUUCAGUGGACGCCGUGGCUUCGUGUGUUUGUUGGCCAACGAUCCCGAGCAUUUGGUGGCGAGCACGGAUGGUGAAGUCCAGCGCAUUGUUGGGUCCAUGCUUCCCAAGCUGGCAAAGGUCGGCCGUGCGGCGCGUGUGGAGGGUGGCUGGGCAGUGGACGUAGAGCACCGCCAUGCUAGCGGCCUGAUUGAGGCCUUGCGAUCCGGCACCAUCCAAGCACCCUUCGAAGUUUCUGUGGCUCGGCGCAUGCCGAGGGUGGCCUGGCUGCAGUGUGUCGGUACUGCGAGGCCGAGCAGGUCGGCUCACCAAGGCUCCUUGGGCUGCGCAGCGGCGCUCGGCGAUGCAGAGUGGAGUGCGAAGGUCAUGUCUGAGGCCAUGAGCAUUCCAUGCUACUCGAAGCAGGAAUACUGGGAGCAGCGCUAUCAAACUGAACCCGGGGGAGGACCAGAAUGGUAUUUAGGCUGGCCACAGCUGAAGCGUCACCUCUGCGACCCAGAAGGCAUCCUGGGCCACCUGGCCUUGGUCCCGCCCGCUCGAGUUUUGGAGUUGGGAUGCGGCAACUUCUCCCUGGUGCCUGGCCUGGCCAGCAGCGGCUUCGCAGCCAUUGGGGUGGACUUCUCCCCCACUGCAACGGCAGAUGCCUCCAGGGCUGCCUCCGGCUGCGGGGGCUGUGCCAACUUCGUGACGCUGGAUGUGCGGGCGCUGCCACUGCGGUCAGGUAGCAUUGAGGCCGUGGUUGACAAGGGCUGCUUUGAUGCCUUGAAAGCAGAGGACUCGCGAAGAAUGCUGGAAGAAGCCUGCCGAGUGCUGCGUGCCGGCGGCCGUCUGCUUUGUGUUUCAAACAAUGAAAUGUUUCUCAGAUGUCAUGCACGCAAGAUCUCCGGCUGGAAGUCUGCGUCUGGCUCGCCCUUCUGCAUUCCUGACUUGGAUGAUGAGUUAUACCUCCACUGCUAUGUUCGAGAUGGACAGAGGAUGGAUGGGAAGGACAAUAAAAAGAGCAACUUUGCAGGCUACCAUGCAAUCCUUCAGCAGCAAGUAAAUGACAGAAACGGGCCAGAACGUCUACUGACACGGACUUCGGAGAUGCUGGGUGUCUACAGGCUGGUUGUCGUGAUGCCAUGGGCGCUCAGAGCCCUCGACAUUGAGCUGCAAUUUGCAGAGGACGAGGAGGAACAACAGAUAGUGGUUGCACCGCAAGGAAGCUGGGCCUGA